AUGAAAUCUAAUAUUGCUCUAUUUUUAAUUAUUUCAAUAUUGUUUAUUUCAAUAUCAAACGCUUUAAAUUGCCAAAAAAAAGAGGAUUGCAUUGAGAGUAAUUGUGUAAAAUUGGCUGAUGGUGGUCUUAACUUUUGCCUUUUAUCAUCAAAACUAGGUUUACCAUGCAGCACUAAAGUAGAUGAAAAUGGGGUAUAUGUCAAUGGUCUCCCUCCAUGUGGCGGAUCUUUGAAAUGUAUAGAAAAUGAAACUGGUAAAGGAAAAUGCGAGGAUUUACUCGUCUUUGAUGGAAAUUAG